AUGGCCGAGAAGAAAAUCAGGACUCCAGAUGACAUUGAAUCAUUUGAUCCUGCGGCCGCCCACGAAGCGCUGCAGGAAGGCAGUGUGCUCAAACACGUGAGCAGUACCCAUGAUGCCGUUUUUGGUGAAGUGACUGAGGGUGGACCCAAUUAUCGUAGCGUGGGAUGGCUUGGGACCGUUGCCUUGAUGCUGAAAACCCAGAUUGGCCUGGGGGUUCUCUCCAUCCCCGCAGUAUUCGACACACUUGGCCUUGUUCCGGGAGCCAUAAUCCUCUGUGUGGUCGCUGGAAUCGCUACCUGGACCAGCUAUGUAGUGGGUGUUUUUAAGCUCAACCAUCGCGAGGUCUACGGGAUGGACGAUGCGACUGACUGUGACCAAGAUUGGAUCUUCGUUGCUGGAUCUGGGAUCCUCGGCGUCAGCAUAGGUUUAAACGCGGUUUCCUCCCACGGAGCCUGCACCGCGAUCUUUGUCGUGGUCGCUGCUAUUGCUGGAUUCUUCUUAGCCAGCAUUCGCACCCUGGGCAAGAUUAGUUGGUUAGCAUGGCUAGGAUUGGCCUGCAUUCUCGUCGCAGUUCUUCUGGUGACCAUCAGCGUCGGCAUUCAGGACCGGCCUUCUUUGGCGCCCCAGGUUGGCCCUUGGACCUCGGACUACAGAGUGACCAACUCGCCCUCAUUUACUGAUGGGGUAUCGGCCGUCUCCUCCCUGAUUUUCGCCUGCUCCGCCACGCCGGCCUAUUUCCAACUCGCCGCCGAGAUGCGCGACCCCCGCUUUUUCACUCGCGCACUGGUUGUCAGUCAGACCUGCUCCACCGUUCUCUAUCUGGUGGUUGGGAUAGUGGUGUACUACUACUGUGGCUCCUACGUCUCCUCGCCCGCCCUCGGGUCCGCGGGCCCGCUCAUCAAGAAAAUAGCCUAUGGGAUUGCAUUGCCAGGUCUCCUGGCUUCCACCACCAUUGUGCUACAUCUACCAAGCAAGUACAUCUUCGUUCGUCUCCUUCGUGGUUCGAGGCACCUCACCUCGAACUCCGUGGUUCACUGGUGUACCUGGCUCGCGUGCACCCUGGGAGCGUCCAUCAUUGCGUACCUGAUUGCCAGCGGCAUCCCGUUCUUCAAUGAUCUCGUCUCGCUCAUCGGUGCACUGCUGGGGACCUUCCUCGCAUACCAGCCGACGGGAUGUAUGUGGUUCUACGACAAUUGGCACUCGCGCAGCCGCAGCGGGAGAUGGAUGCUCUUGGCCACCUGGAGUGGGUUGAUCAUCGUGGUCGGCUGUUUCAUGACCGUGGCCGGCACCUACGGGUCGAUCGUCAGCAUCAUUGACUCCCUGAGAGCGGACGGUGGCACAAAACCUUGGACUUGCGCGGAUAAUUCCAACUCCUGA